UGUCUGUCUCCUUUCAGCUGCGUGGGGGCCCUCCAAAAGCCACUGCCUUUACCAGUGUCCUGACAGUGCCCUCCCCAAUUCCUUGGCCACCAAAGAGUGCACCUGCUUACUCAGUAAGACUGGAUACCUCUUUUUCCUAAGACUUGGUGGGGGGAGGCAGGGAACCACAGCGGUGAAGCUGUCAGUGGCUGUGGAGGUGUGAAAGCGGUAGACCAGAUCCCCUACCCCUUAGUGCUCCAGUGGACUGGAAACUCUCCUGUGAUGCGCUCUUUGUCCUCCUCAGCUGUGCUCACUGCUCACCGACCCUAUGAGCUCUAAGUAGGGGCGGGAAGCCUGAAAUCCACCACGGAACUGGGGACAAGAAGGGAAGGCUAUCCUGAGGUGGUGUCUUCCACUCUCCUCAUCCCUUCCCUGUUGUGCUUAGGCGUUCUCCCUCCAGUGUGUCCCUGGGGUCCAGAAGGGGAGGGUCUAGGCGAAGGCGGGGCACAGCCUGAGCCUGCAGUCCCAGAGCUCACACACAGGCUGGAGAUCUCUCAAGGCUGGCCCAUUCUCCAUUUCUUCGCUCUCAAGCUUUUGUGUCUGUGCCUUUGAGCUGACAGGAGGGUGCACUAGGGAAGGAGGAGGGGUGCCUGGGGUGAGAGCACCCUCUUCACGCGCGCGCGCACACACGCUGCCGGCGCACGCACACACGGGCGGACACACACUUCCAGACCCGCACACGAACACACACACACACACACACACACACACACACACACACACACGCACGCACGCACAAAGCUCUCUCGCUUUAAGCGCACUAACGUGGCCGCUUUCUUUGUGUGGAGCCCGCGAGUGGGGUUGGGACCCGGGUCCUGUCCCGGGGAGAUGGCGCAGCCCAUCCUGGGCCAUGGGAGCCUGCAGCCCGCCUCAGCUGCUGGCUUAGCAUCCUUGGAGCUCGACUCAUCGAUGGACCAGUACGUGCAGAUUCGCAUUUUCAAAAUCAUCGUGAUUGGGGACUCCAACGUGGGCAAGACCUGCCUGACCUUCCGCUUCUGCGGGGGUACUUUCCCAGACAAGACUGAGGCCACUAUCGGUGUGGACUUCAGGGAGAAGACCGUGGAAAUCGAGGGCGAGAAGAUCAAGGUGAUCCAGCUGGUCAGGUUCAGGUGUGGGACACGGCAGGACAAGAACGCUUCCGUAAAAGCAUGGUUGAGCAUUAUUACCGCAAUGUGCAUGCAGUGGUCUUUGUCUAUGACGUCACCAAGAUGACCUCCUUCACCAACUUAAAAAUGUGGAUCCAGGAAUGCAAUGGGCAUGCUGUGCCCCCGCUAGUCCCAAAGGUGCUUGUGGGUAACAAGUGUGACUUGAGGGAACAGAUCCAGGUACCCUCCAACUUAGCCCUGAAAUUUGCUGAUGCCCACAACAUGCUCUUAUUUGAGACAUCAGCCAAGGACCCCAAAGAAAGCCAGAAUGUGGAGUCAAUCUUCAUGUGCCUGGCUUGCCGACUGAAGGCCCAGAAAUCCCUCUUGUACCGUGAUGCUGAGAGGCAGCAAGGAAAGGUGCAGACACUGGAGUUCCCACAGGAAGCUAACAGUAAAACUUCCUGUCCUUGUUGAAACCAAAUGGUGUAAAUACUCGAGAGCACUGGAGUUUUUUCUUCCCCUUUUUUUCUGUGCCUGCAUAAUGCUCACACCUGCUUGUUUCCAUACAAACUAAUAUCAAAAAUAAAAUUUGUAUAGAUUA